GUGAUGUCAACAGGAUAACAUGUAGCUGUCGACAUGGGACUUACAGUGUCGUUUGUUAAAAAACGUUUUUGUGUUUAAACGCUCUGGUUUGAGAAUGAGGGGCGUUAACCACAUAGUUUUAUUGUUUUCCUUUUUGCUGUUAUUCAUAAACCCGUGCGUGCCAGAGCGAGCCGAGAGCAAAAAGCCGUUGGACCUGCGCGAGAGAGAUGACGACCGAGGAGGGGAUGUGAGCCAUAAAGAUUCUCCAGCUGAAAACCAGCAAACAUCUAUAAAACGUGAUAAAGAUGGACACGAUUCAGUCGACCCACAAAAGGAUGGACAGUCUGUCAGCAAGUCCAAUGACACUGAUAACUACAGCAACAAGACCCUCCACUCUACAACACAUGCUGUUAAGCCGACGACCCCGGCACCCCCAACUGCCAAACCCAUUCUGCCUGUGCAGACAGGGGUCAAAGCCCAAGAAGAAGAGCAGUCCAGCGGGUUGACCAUAUUCUUCAGCCUGUUGGUUAUUGGUAUCUGCAUCAUAUUGGUGCACCUGCUUAUCAAGUUCAAACUGCAUUUUCUUCCAGAGAGCGUGGCUGUCGUGUCUCUUGGGAUACUAAUGGGAGGCUUCAUUAAGAUCAUAGAGUUCCAGGAACUGGCCAACUGGAAGGAAGAGGAAAUGUUCCGACCCAACAUGUUCUUCCUUUUGCUGCUGCCACCCAUCAUCUUCGAAUCUGGAUACUCUUUACACAAGGGUAACUUCUUCCAGAACAUUGGCUCCAUUACUCUCUUUGCUGUGAUCGGCACCGCAAUUUCUGCAUUCAUAGUUGGAGGAGGUAUCUAUUUCCUUGGGCAGGCUGAUGUGAUCUAUAAGAUGUCAAUGACUGAUAGCUUUGCCUUUGGCUCACUGAUCUCAGCUGUGGACCCUGUGGCUACCAUCGCCAUCUUUAAUGCCCUCAACGUGGACCCGGUCCUCAACAUGCUGGUGUUUGGUGAGAGCAUCCUCAAUGAUGCUGUCUCCAUUGUUCUCACAAACACAGCGGAGGGGUUCUUUUCCCGCUCAGAUAACUCCAUGGUAACAGGCUGGGAGACUUUUUUGCAAGCCCUUGGUUAUUUCCUGAAAAUGUUUUUUGGCUCUGCUGCGUUGGGAACCCUCACUGGACUCAUCUCAGCUCUUUUUUUAAAACACUUUGAUCUGAGGAAGACCCCUUCACUGGAGUUUGGUAUGAUGAUAAUCUUUGCGUACCUUCCCUAUGGCCUGGCAGAAGGCAUCAAACUGUCUGGUAUAAUGUCCAUCCUGUUUGCGGGAAUUGUGAUGUCUCACUACACCCAUCACAACUUGUCUCCUGUCACGCAGAUCCUCAUGCAGCAGACACUGCGCACAGUGGCCUUCAUGUGUGAAACAUGUGUGUUCGCAUUUCUUGGUCUCUCCAUCUUCAGCUUCCCUCAUAACUUUGAAAUAUCAUUCGUCAUCUGGUGCAUAGUCCUGGUUCUUCUCGGACGAGCAGUGAACAUCUUCCCUCUGUCGUUUCUGUUGAACUUUUUUAGAGACCACAAGAUCACACCGAAAAUGAUGUUCAUCAUGUGGUUUAGUGGUUUACGAGGUGCUAUCCCCUACGCGUUGAGCCUUCAUUUGGGCCUGGAGCCCAUUGAGAAACGGCAGCUAAUUGGCACCACCACCAUCAUCAUCGUUCUCUUCACCAUCCUCCUUCUUGGGGGAGGGACCAUGCCACUCAUUCGCAUCAUGGACAUUGAGGAAAGCCAGUCACGGCGGAAGAACAAGAAAGACAUCAAUCUCAGCAAGACAGAGAAAAUGGGUAAUACCAUUGAGUCAGAGCACCUAUCUGAACUGACAGAGGAGGAGUAUGAGGCUCAUAUCUACCAGAGACAAGAUCUAAAGGGCUUUAUGUGGCUUGAUGCUAAAUAUCUUAACCCCUUCUUCACUCGCAGACUCACCCAAGAGGAUCUGUUACAUGGCCGGAUCCAGAUGAAGACUCUGACCAACAAGUGGUACGAAGAAGUUCGCCAGGGACCCUCAGGCUCCGAGGAUGAUGACGACGAAGCAGAACUUCUGUGAAGUGAACAAACACUUUCAGUCUGUAAGAAAACAAUGAAUGGACAUUGUGUGUCCUGGGCUGAGGGAGUGUGUGUGUAUGUAUGUGUGCAUUUGUCUGUCUUUCUGUGUGUGUAGACAAGCCCUCUUUUCAGUGUCAGUCACAUGCACUUCUUGUUUGUUCACCUGCCACCAACUUUCAUGUGACAGAGAAGUCUCAGUCAGAGCCCAGAGUGUGUGUGUUUUUUUUACACAGAGUGGGCCGGAAUGUGUCAAAUCACAGUGUAGUUCCAGUAAAACUGGUUUUGAAAACUUGUAACACUGAAUGAAGCAGAAAAAAAAGAAAUCUGUGAAAAUGAUAUCCUCAUAUGAAUGCCAUAUUGUUACUUGCGAAAGAAACCGACUGGAUAUCAGAUUAGGUGUGUGUUCCAGUUUACUGAACUGCAGAACAGCACAUCAGACAUUUUGAUCCUGAGAAUCUUUUCCCAGGUGUGUCUUUAUUAAAGGUUUAAGUCUGGAGGGAAUACGGCAGGGAAGCCAAGAGGGACAUUUUCUAUAUAAAGCAAUACUAGAGCACCUUUUCACUUUCUCUCUUCACUUUUGUAGUGUACUUCUCUAUGUGAUGCCAACUUAUUUAAGGUCUGCUGGAAGUUUUACUUUGUGUCAGAGGAAGGAUGCAACAUAAUGUCGCUACAGGCUUGAUUUCUACUGUGGGAUUUGUAAUAAGCCACAAGUUGCUGCUUUGAAUUGCUUCCUUUUGAGCUCAAUUUAAAUUCUCUCCCGGGGUCUAAACAUUUGUAUGCAUUAAUGACUCCGAGUUAAUACAUAUACUCAUACGUAUGUAAUGAAGAUAAAAUACCAGAGUGAUGCUACCGCUACCCCCUUCAGCAACAAAGCAGAGAAAAGCAGCAGAGAGCUAAAACUACUAUGUUGGGUGAAACUAAUAAUUUUGAAAAGAAACACCUGGUUUACAGGAGAAUAAUGAUGCUUCAGAAAAUUGAAAAUUACUUUCAUUUUCCAAUCAUAGUUCCAGAUUGGUUUCCCUGAACGAAUUUUUCUGUGCUUAUUUUCAGUCUUUGGGGAGGCUCAAGCCACUAUAUUGUGUAUGCAGUAGAACUUGAAUCGUUGCUUUUGUGAUUUUUCAUUGUGGAUUCCUAAUGAAGAUAGGCACCAGUGAAUGUGUGGGUAAUGGGGAAAAAUGUCUUGCGAAUGUUAAUCUAUUUUUUUCUAUUUAUUUAUGAAAUGUUUAUGUGUUUUGGGGAUAAAGGCUUUUAUACAAGCUCUGUGAGCACUGCAGAAUUAUAGAAAAAAACCUAUAAAAAAACAUUGACACCUGAAGAGGACUUACUGACUAUAUUUAUGACCCAUGUCCUGUCUUUGAAAUACAGUUUUAACAGAAAAGCA